AUGCUAUCAGUGUCCAAAAGAGCCCUUAGGGUGGGUAUACCCUCGAGAAGAUCUACUUCAAUAGUGUCCACGUUGAGAUAUAAAUCUAGUUGGUCUACAGCAGUGGAAACAGCAGCAAGAUUAGUUACACCUUCAUCAAUUUUAAAAGAUCCAAUUUCAUUAGUUUCACAUGAAAUGUCACAAUUGGCAGCUAAUAUAGGGACUCUUAUAGGUUCAGGACAUCCAACUUUAAAUAGAAUUAGUGCAUAUUAUUUUGAGAGUCAAGGUAAAAAAAUUAGACCUUUAUUAGUAUUAUUGUUAAGUAGAGCUAUAAGUGAGAUCCCAUUAGAACAAAGAAAUAGAAUUAAGAUUGAUGAUCUGGAUAUCCCUGAACAACCAGUAUAUGAAGGUACAAAAUCUCUUGGUGCUAUAUUAAAAGAACAAAAUGGUGCUAUUUCUCCAUUAAGAAUUUUACAUGGUAUAAAUCCAAAUAUUAUUUUAGAUCCUUUAACAAAACCUCAUGAAACUUUACCAGAAUUUGAUUCUAAAAGAGGUAUAUUACCAAAACAAAGAAGAUUAGCUGAAAUUGUGGAAAUGAUUCAUACUGCUUCUUUAUUACAUGAUGAUGUUAUUGAUAAUUCAGAUUCAAGAAGAAAUAGACCAAGUGGUAAUAUUGCAUUUAAUAAUAAAAUGGCCGUUCUUGCAGGUGAUUUCCUUUUGGGAAGAGCUAGUGUUUCAAUUUCAAGAUUAAGAAAUCCAGAAGUUAUUGAAUUAUUAAGUACUUCAAUUGCAAAUUUAGUUGAAGGUGAAUUUAUGCAAUUGAAAAAUACUGUUUUCCAACCAAAUGAAGAUUUAAUUGAAGAAGAUACCAAGAAAAUUCCUCAACCAACUGGUGCCAUUGAUACAAAAGUUCAUGAAUAUAGUGUUCAAGCUCCACAAAGUAUACAAGGUCAUGAAAUUACUCAUGAACAACAAGUUGACGCGGCAUUUGAAUAUUAUAUCCAUAAAACAUAUUUGAAAACUGCAGCAUUAUUAUCAAAAUCUUCAAGAUCUGCAGCUAUCUUAAGUGGUGCAAAUGAAGAUGUAAUUGAAAAUUGUUAUCAAUUUGGUAGAAAUGUUGGAUUAUGUUUCCAAAUGGUUGAUGAUAUUUUAGAUUAUACACAAACUUCAGAAGCUUUAGGUAAACCAGGUAAUGCAGAUUUAAAAUUAGGUUUAGCUACAGCACCAAUCUUAUUUGCAUGGAGAGAAAAUCCAGAAUUAGGUGAAUUAAUUAGUAGAAAAUUUAAACAGGAGGGAGAUAUUGAAAUUGCAAUGGAACAAGUUCAAAAAUUUAAUGGACUUGUUAAAACUCAAAAAAUGGCUGAAGAUUAUUGUCAUAAAGCUUUAGAAAAUUUAAGAAAUGUCUUACCUGAGAGUGAUAGUCGUUCUGCUUUAGAAUUUUUAACUAAUGCAAUUUUAACAAGAAGUAAAUGA